ACUGCCUGAUAGGAAUAAUGGCCGCCUUCGUAGCAAUGGCUGGAACUGGGAACAACACAAGAAGCAUUUUAGAGCGUUACAGCUGACCAGGAUUCGUAUCGCUUACCGGGCACCCCCUCAAACCCGGUUUUCAGAACGGAUGGGUAGAGGGGGUAUAGCCAAAGGACACAAGAAACGAGAGAGACUCGGAGGGAGAGGGAGGAAAGCUAACGUAGCUAGCGCUAGCUGGCUAUCAACACGGUUGUCACUGCCGGGGGAACAAACCCGAGUAGCCCUGACAACUGUGUGUUUGGACGGCUGAAGGAAACGGCGACCAGACGCUGGAGCGUGUGAUCAAAAAACGGGCUUCUAGCUAAUAUGAGUGGACCGGGGCAGGACAGUGAGCCAGAGGCGAAAGUCCUUCUUAUAAAGCGGCUUUACAGGGCUGUGGUGGAGUCUGUGCACAAGCUGGAUGUCAUCAUUGGCAGCAAAUCAUCCUACAGAGAGGUCUUCAAGCCAGAGAACAUCAGUCUUCGCAACAAGCUGAGGGAGCUCUGUGUGAAGCUGAUGUUUCUCCAUCCUGUCGACUACGGCCGUAAGGCCGAGGAGCUGCUCUGGAGGAAGGUUUACUACGAAGUCAUCCAGGUUAUCAAGACCAACAAGAAGCACAUCCACAGUCGCAGCGCUCUGGAGUGCGCCUACCGCACACACCUGAUUGCCGGAGUUGGUUUCUAUCAGCACCUGCUGCUUUACAUCCAGUCACAUUACCAGCUUGAGCUGCAGGAUUGCAUCGACUGGACCCAUGUCACGGACCCACUGAUUGGCCGAAAGAAACCAGUAUCAGCCACCCCCAAGGAGAUGGAGUGGGCGCAGAUGGCCUGUCAUCGCUGUCUGGUCUACCUCGGAGAUCUAGCCCGUUACCAGAACGAACUUGCUGGAGUGGAGGCUGAACAGUUGGCAGAAAGGUUUUACCAUCAGGCCUUAUCUGUCAUGCCACACGUAGGAAUGCCAUUUAACCAGCUGGGCACACUGGCAGGGAGCAAGUUCUACAAUGUUGAAGCAACCUACUACUACCUACGCUGUAUCCAAUCAGAUGUCCCCUUUGAGGGCGCCUAUGGCAACCUGAAGCGCCUGUUUGACAAAGCUGCCAAGAUGUACCAUCAAGUGAAGAAGCAGGAAAUGAAGAAGUUGUCUCCAUCCCGGCAAAGAUCAAAAGAUAUAAAGCGUCUCUUGGUGAGCUUCAUGUACCUCCAGAGCCUGCUGCAGCCUAAGAACAGUUUAAUGGAAACCGAGCUUACUUCACUCUGUCAGUCGGUACUGGAGGAUUUUAACCUGGUCCUGUUCUACCUGCCCCCGCCCAUCCAUGGCGGGACUCACCACUCUCCCAGCGAAGAAGAAGAGGAACAGCAGCACACUGACAGCUCCUGCCCUGUCCUGCCUGACACACUCGUCUUUAAGAUGGUAGUGACGUGUCUGAUGGUAGUGCACAGCCUGAAGAGAGGAGGAUCAAAGCAGUACAGUGCAUCUAUAGCUUUCACUCUGGCACUGUUCUCCCAUCUGGUGAACCACGUCAACAUCCGACUGCAGGCAGAGCUGGAGGAAGCGGAGAGCCAGGUGCCUCCACUUCACACUGACGCUGCAGAUGAUCUUGAGAUGAGGGAUUUGACGGGUCCAUCAGCAGAUCGCUCUGAAGAGAAGCCUCUGCAGAACGGCUCCCUGGAGCAGGAAGAUGAUGAGGAGAAGGACGAAGAUGGCUGUGAAAGGGUCGAUGCCAAAAAACACAGCAGUGUGGAAGAACAACGAAAGAUUGAAGAUGACAAACAGAGACAGAAGAAGAAAUACACCCGCCUCUCUAGACUCCGCCGACGCCGCUGUGCUCGCAAGGAUGCUCGAGGGGAGGAUGAGAGCGACCUGAGUGAAGGCUUUGAGAGCGAAGAUGAUGAAGAUGAAGAGGAUGAGAGGAGGGGUCAGGCUGAUUCAACAGGUGGCAACACGGCUGGAACACUGCCCAAUCCUCCAUCUGUGAGAAAGGAGGCAAAAAGAGACCCGCUGGCCGAGGAGGGCAGCUGGGAGAGCGGCUCAGAGGAAGAGGAGGAGGAAGGAGGUACGGCGUUUGAUGUGGAGACCGACUCGGACAUGAACAGCCAGGAGUCUCGAUCAGACCUGGAAGACAUGGAAGAUGCAGAAAACUCAGACAACACAGAGAGUCAGGCAAGGGAGCAUCAGGAGGAAGAGGAAGAUGAAGACCAACCCAAGGAGGAGGGAGGGGAAAGAGAUGGUGAUACUCCUCCAACCACCAAUGGGCCGCUCAUGCCCAGUGACUCCAGCAUCAGCAGCAACCUGCAGGCCAUGUCGUCACAGCUCUUUCAGGCAAAGCGUUGUUUCCGACUGGCUCCCACCUUCAGCAACAUGCUGCUGAGGCCUCAAGCUUCUUCUUCAUCUGGUAUUCCCACCCCGACUGACUCUUCUGCCCCCCCCUCCCAAGAGACACCUCCUCCUCCAGGGGACUCACCCUGCGACAUGAACCCUGGUACUGCCAACGGAACCAAUGAAAACGACCUGGACUCGGACUCUGAAGGCAGCCAGCACAGUACCCAGUCUGUUCACAGUGAGAAAACCCUUCUAGAGAAGCUUGAGAUCCUGACCAAUCAGGGGCUGAUCCAGGUGGUGAAGGUCUUCAUUGAUUGGUUAAGGACAAACACGGACAUCAUUCUAAUGUGUGCACAGAGUUCUCAAAGCCUGUGGAACAGACUGUCUGUGCUGCUUAACCUGCUACCAGAUGGCAGCAAGAUGCUGGAGGCUGAACUAGGUCUGAACAGUGAGGUGACAGAGCUCAUAAACGAGUGCGAGCAGCCUGGUUUGGUCCAAAGUCUGCUGCUGCCCGAGGAUUUGGCUCUGCGACACCUGCCUGCUCUCAGUGUAGCUCACAGACGCCUCGAUUUUUCCCGCCGCAACCCCUCCCUCAACCCCUUACAGGAGUGUGUGGUGCGAGUGUGCUGCAUUCGCAGUUUUGGCCACUUCCUAACAAAUCUCCAGGGCAACGUGCUGCACUUCAACCCAGAGGCCGGCAUCUUCACCAGCAUCAGCCAGUCGGAGCAGGACAAUCUGGUUCAGCAGGCCAAGGCCCAGUUCCGAAUGGCUGAAGAAGAAGCUCGUCGAAAUCGCUUAAUGAGAGACAUGGCACAGCUCCGACUACAGUUGGAGGUGUCACAGCUAGAGGGCAGCCUUCAGCAGCCUAAGGCCCAGUCCUCCAUGUCUCCCUACCUGGUGCCAGACACAGCUGCUCUCUGCCAGCAUCUGAACCUCAUCAGGCAGCUGGCUGGCAGCGGCUGCUUCAUCAUCAUCAUCCCGCGGACGGUGAUCGAUGGACUCGACAGGUUGAAAAAGGAAAAUGCCGGUGCGAGGGAUGGCAUUCGCUUCCUGGAGUCAGAAUUUCGUAAAGGCAACAGGUACAUACGCUGCCAGAAGGAAUCAGGUCGAGGUUUUGAAAGAGACAAACUGAAACGUCAAGACAUCGAAGCCUGGCAUUUAUACAAGAUGGUGGACAGCUGCCGCCAGCUUACGGUCUCCCAGAGCAACGGAGAUGAAGACACAGCAGGCAUGGUGACCAUCCUUACUGGCCAUCAAGUGGAGGAGCUUUGCACUCAGUCUGCAGCGAUGAAGACGGCGAUCCAGGCAGCAGGCUCGGCGGGAAUGGAGCUGAAAAACAUCUUGGAGUUCUACCGACAGUGGAAGGAGAUUGGCUGAGAGCUCAAACGGGGGCAGCUGUCGGCGCUGCGAACAGCUGAUCGAUCACAACACUCGCUCCCUCUCUCUCUCUCCCACUCUUUUGCUCUGUGUGUAUCUGCGUCUCCAAAGGCAAAAAAACAACUCAAAAGAAAGCUGAAUCGAAGGAAGGAGUUAAAGCUUAGAGGGGUGGAAAAAGAUAAAACAGUGGAGUGAAAAAAAAAGGAAAAGAGAAAUGCGGGCGAAAAACGGCGCUAUAAGAAACAGCAGAUCUCCCCACCUCCCACUCCCAAUCCUAAACAUAAAGAGUGACCCCUAGUGGUCGGAGUGAGGAGACGGUGGGGGAAGGCUCCACACAAGUUUUAAGUGCCCCUGGUUCACACCCUAACCAGGAUUACACUGUAUAUGUUAGCAAACGAGUACCUACGUGUCGAGAGAGAAACCGCACACCGACAUAAACACAUUCACGCUCAGAUGAAUCCAUAUAGAUAUUUAGAGCUGUGGUUUCUGUUCCUCCUCCCCUUUCCCUUCAGUUCGUAUUUGACAAACAGGGUUAAGAACGUGCGAGGCGUGUAGGGCUGUGUGUUAAAAAGUCAAGGGUGUAUGACGACAACUUAAAGAUGGAGAAAACACACUCUGUCUCCCUGACACCCGAGGCUUCCCGCCUUACAAAACCAAACCAGGCGUCUCACAGCAGCUCAUAAACCUCCAGUAAGGUUUGAGGAAAACAAACGUACUCUUCUUUAGGAUCGGUUUCUUUCCUCUGUGGCUUUUUUUUAUUUUUAUUUCAUUUGGUUUCUUUAUUUGCGGUGUACUUUUUGUGACCGGUGACUUAUGUAUUGUGCUAUCUCUACAUGAGAUGAGAAAAAAAAAAAAACACAGCAGGUGUUGCCCUGUCAAUGCUUUUAAUUUGGAUUUUAUUUUUGUACCCAAAUGAUGUUUAUUUUGCUUUUUGUAAGCUGAAACUGAAUGACUUAUGCAAGAAUGUUUAAGGGAAAAGAAAGGGGCUGUUGUCGUGUGUUGUCCACUUAACAAGUUCUUCAGAUCUGAAAGUUUAAAAACGUAUACUCCAGAAUUUAUUUAACAAAGUCUCUGUUAGACAGAAGAGGGAGGUAGCAGCCGAUUAGCCUCGUGUUGUAGCUAGUCAUUGAAGAGGCUCAGAAGAGAGAGGAGUGGCUGACUCUCCCAGGGGAUUGUGGGUUGUGUUUGGACCCCUGUGAACUCUUUAAAAUGUAUCCCAUCUACACUUCAUCUCCAUAGUGACUGUCCCAUCAUGCACAGUGCAAAAGAAAACCAGUAUUUGUGUGUGGCCAUGCAUUGAACAAUAAAAAGAAACUCGUAUAAGAUGAA